UAGAAUUCUCAAAUUGAUAUUGGAUAGAGCAUGUCAGACCAACUGGAGGGAAAACCUCUCACCUCGUAAGGAUAUCUUGUUUCCCCACAUGCAUCAUUUAUAGCUUCACAAUAAUUGUCAUAUGCUCCUAUUAAAUGCUUCAUGGGUCGACAGCUAGUUCAAUAGAACACGAGCACUCGACUUAAUUGUAAAUUGUAAGUGGUAAUAUAGGAAUGAACUGGGGGCACAAUGCCAAUUCAUUUCUGCUUGGAUUUUGUAUUGAUUUUUCAUUCUUUCCUUUCCUUUCCCAAUUUUGUAUUACAUAUCCAUAUUCUACUUUGAUGCAUGUUAAGCUAUGUGGUCAUGCAACCUUAGCAUCUGCGCACAGUCUCUUUAUGGUAAAUUCAAACAUAAUUGAAUUUGACACACUAUCUGGAAUUCUAACAGCUAAAACGGUUCCAGAUGUUAAUCCAGCCUAUGUCUCCAAGAUACAGAAUGGUGGAGUGCACGAGUAUUUUCUAAUUAAACUGAAUUUUCCUAGCGUUCCCAUCACUGAAUUCAAUUCUGCUGAGGUUUCAGCUAUUUCGAAAGCCUUGAAUGGUGCUCCUCCGAUUGAUAUCAAGAGGACAACUACCGCAGAUGAUCUCUUUGUUGUGCUCCCAUCCAGAAAAUCUGUUAUUGAAAUUGGACCACUGUUUGAUGACAUACUGAAAUGUCCUGGACGAGGCUUAAUUGUUUCAGGGGUUGCUCCUCCAGAUUCUAAAUUUGAUUUUAUUAGUCGGUUUUUCUGCCCUAAAUAUGGUAUUAAUGAGGUGAUACAUUACACUUUAUCUCAAACAAUUGCUAUUUCUUCUAAGCGUCUACUUUGUUUGAUUCACUUAUCCUACACUUUGUGAGGAUAUCCAUGGAACAUAUAAGAUGCUUGACUCUAAUAUAUUACGUUCUCAGAAAGAACUUUUUGAUGUUAAUUAUCAAAUUUGUCUGCUGUAGCUGAUAAGCAUCAAAGCCUGGGAAAAGAAAUGAAUGAUUACUUGCAAAAAUAAAGAAAAUAAGUCAAUUGAUGCCAAGUUUUUAUUUUAGCAAUAACAUUCCAAGUUAUGUGAGUGUAAAAAGUACUUGAUAGCUGGUUGAGUACCGACCAAAUUUUAUUCUGAUAGAGGCAUGAUAAAUACCGGCAUUCAUGCAUAUAUGCUCAAGGCAUCUAUAGCUUGCCCGUUUCUCUUUGUCCAUUCAUUGAUGGAUCAUUAUUUGUCUAGAAGAUGGGUUGUACAGAUGCUGCCAUGAUAAAACUAGUGCAGACGUGCUUAUAUUAAACAACUUAUUCAUGUCUGUUUCGCAUAUCGAUCAGGAUCCGGUUUGUGGGAGUGCAAAUUGUGCAUUGGCACCCUAUUGGACCCAAAUGCCGAAAAGUGUGAUU